UACCUUUCCCCUCUUCUCCGUUCCUACAUUUGAAUCCCCCUCUCUCUCUCUCUAUUCUCUCUCUCUCAGCUCAACUGUGUUGUUGAGCAAAAGAAGAAGGGGGCAAAUAGCAGCAAGACUGCCACACCUCUCUCUCUCUUACAUUUUCUUUCACUCUCUCGCCCUUGUCCUUCUCAUCUUUUUGUUUCUCUCUCUAGGCCUCUGGAAGCCCAGGGUACCCCUUCCCCUUUUAUCCUCUCUCUCUAUCUAUCUUUAUCUCUCCCACACUCUUCCCCCCCUCUCUCUCUCUCUCUCUCUCUUCUCUUUGUUGCGGCUUCCCUUUCUCAGUCUUUCUAAUUACAAUACCCAACUAGCCUCCUCAUUCUUCCUUCCUUACUUCCUGACCUCGUUUUUCUCGAUUGCUAUCUCUCUCUGCAGCUACAUAUUUGCCUCUCUAGAUUUGAUGCAAUGCUUCAUUUAGGGUUUCGCUCAAUCCUUUACCACGGCGAUACUUGCUUGGGAGAAGUCGAUGUGGUCCCCCAAAAUCAAAAUCCCCAGAUUUUAUCUGCAAUCAAAAAGGAAAUUAGGAUCAGUCACCUCACUGCUCCAAGUGAGAGGUGUCCUCCUCUUGCUGUUCUCCAGACCAUCUCGCCCUUUGGUGUUUGCUUCAAACUAAAGUCGAGCGGCAUCUCAUCUGAUCAAUCGCCUAUGCAUUGUCUCUUCAGUGCCUGCUUUCGUGAACUCAGGACUGCUGUUGUAUUGUUUGGUGAAGAUGAGCUUCAUUUAGUGGCAAUGCAGAACAAAUUGGAGAAGUUUUCAUGCUUUUGGGCUUUCACUGUUUCUCCAAAACUCUAUGCUUCUUGUUUAGCGAUGCUAAAUCUUAGAUGCCUUGGCAUUGUAUUCGAUCUCGAUGAAACACUUAUAGUUGCAAAUAGCAUGCGAUCUUUUGAGGAUCGGAUUGAUGCCUUACAACGUAAAAUUGGCACUGAAACUGACCCUCAACGAAUAUCUGGAAUGUCUGCUGAAAUCAAGAGGUACCAAGAAGAUAAAGCUUUAUUGCGCCAUUAUUCAGAAAAUGAUCAAGUAUUUGAAAAUGGGAGGUUGGUUAAGGUCCAGAUGGAAGAAGUUCCUCCGUUGUCAGAUAAUCACGAAGCUGUUGUUCGUCCGGUUGUUAGGUUACAUGAGCGGAACAUUGUCUUAACACGCAUUAACCCCGAGAUCCGUGACACUAGUGUGCUUGUAAGGUUGCGUCCUGCAUGGGAAGAUCUUAGAAGUUAUUUGACUGCUAAAGGCCGUAAGAGAUUUGAGGUUUAUGUUUGCACGAUGGCUGAAAGGGAUUAUGCUCUUGAAAUGUGGAGGCUUCUUGACCCUGAAGCACAUCUGAUAAAUCCGAAACAACUUCUAGAUCGUGUAGUGUGUGUAAAGUCAGGUUCAAGGAAGUCUUUGCUAAACGUCUUUCAAGAUGGAAUCUGUCACCCCAAGAUGGCUAUGGUGAUUGAUGAUAGGUUAAAUGUCUGGGAGGACAAAGACCAAUCCCGAGUCCAUGUGGUCCCCGCAUUUGCUCCAUACUAUGCUCCACAGGCUGAGGCUACAAAUGCUGUUCCCAUCUUGUGUGUUGCAAGAAAUGUGGCAUGCGAUGUUAGAGGUGGCUUCUUCAAAGAAUUUGACGAGAACAUUUUACGAAGAGUUUCCAUUAUGUAUUAUGAAGACAAUGUAGCGGAUUUGCCUUAUACCCCUGAUGUGAGCAACUAUUUGAUACCCGAGGAUGCUGGUGCUGUGAUGACUGGAAAUAGAGAGCUUCCCAUUUCUGAGGGCAUGAAUGAUAUGGAGGUCGAAAAGAGAUUGAAUAAACAAGAUGAGAACCCAAGUGCUGAAGGAACUCCUCGUCCUUUUGUUUCCAACCAUCAAGAGCUUCGAGAAUCAUCUCUACAAAAUGCAACAUUUCAAUCAAUUCCAGCUGGACAAGCGAUUUUGAGAACCCCCAUAUGUUUGCAGAAGGAAGAGAUGAAUCAGAAGCAACUGAGCAGAAGAACCGAAUGUGUCCCACAAGAACCAAAUGGAUUUCAGCUUGAGAAGCAACGGCCUCUUCGUGCUCUGUCAUGUCGUGGUGUAGAGGGUACUGCUCCCUAUGACAGAUCCCUUCAAAGUUCUCAUGCAACAAUUGAAGAGCAAUGUUCUGGUGAUGAUAGGUUAAGACAGAAUCACAUGCAGUCGAGUAUCUCUUCCUUUUCAGAUGAGGAAAUGCCUUCAAGUCGGGAAACCGUGAACCCUAAAGAUGUGGUGGCUGAAGAAACAUCGUCAGUGCCUGUUGCAGUUCUACGAGAAAUUGGAUCAAAGUGCGGUUUAAAGGUUGAGUUCAAAUCAGUUUCAAAUACUACCACUGGAUUGCAGUUUGUGGUAGAGGUAGUGUUUACUGGGGAAAAAAUUGGUGAAGGUACUGGUAGAACGAGGAAGGAAGCUCAGCACCAAGCUGCUGUGAAUGCCCUUCGAACUUUAGCUUACAAAUAUGUCGAACACAUUUCACCUGAUUCUGGAGCUGUUAAUGGGGAUCUUAAUAACCUUUCUCAUGGAAUGGAUAAUGGUUUUUUAAGAAACGCACUUGGUUCAUCUGGAUCUGAAUCAUCUCCAAGAAAGGAGCCUCAACUGAACGAACAGUUAAAUUUCAUGGAGGAUUCCAAAAGGGCGCCAAAUUCUAUCUCUGCCCUUCAAGAACCAUACACAUCGGAAAGCAUUAGUCUAGUUUUCCAUGAUAAGUCUCCUUUAUCCACUUAUUCAAAUAAAACAGAGUUCCAUCCUCAGGCGGAAGUAGCUGGACAGAUUUUACGAAAUGGAAUGGGUUUAGGCAGUGAAAGGGUUAAACUGCAGGCUGCUGAAGAGGGUCGUCAGAAUUUACAAGCUCUAACCAAUAGAAGAAACCAGUGGUUACGGUCACUUAGGUCCCAAAAUUCUGUUCCUACAAAAAGAUCACAAUAAGGUAGGGUUUCUCAUGAAAAUGAGCGUCCAGGAUGGUGACAAGUGGCAUGAUCAUGAGAGAUAAUUGCUUCAUUUUCUAACAGCCAGUUGUAAUUGUAAAAUUCAAGUUAUAAGGGACCCUUGAGAAUGGGUCCAGCUCCUUUUUUCUAUUGGCUCAGGUCUCGUUAUUUGAUUUUCUUGAUAUCCAUUUCUUUUUUUUUUUGUUUGUAUUUUAACUAUUAAGGAAGCACAGGGUUGGCUGGGCCAACCAUCUGCCCAAUGGGAGGAUGGCCUCGUAGCAUCUGAGCCGCUGUUCCAUUGUUGUUUCUUAUUAGAAUUGCUUGAUUAGAAAGCUUUUUAGCCUCAA